AUGCUAUCCUCGCAAAUUCUAAGAAACUCAGCUGCAACCGUUGGCCGCUCUUUGGGCGCUGCCGCGCCCAAGAGCGCCAGCAGAAUUCUAUUGAGAGCGUCGCCAAAGAGAAUCGGCCAGUCGUGGGUCGCCAUCGAAACUAGAAGAUUGGUGCCCGCUGUGCUGGGAUGGACCGCUUUUAUCACCAGUAUGUUGGGAUGGCCCUUUGCCGUGAGAGCAUUCAUGCUUCCUCAAAAAUUGGACUAG